UUUAAAGAAAACCUAACGUCUAGUUCUAGUUCAGCGCCGCACUCUUCCUUCUUCUUUCUCUAGGUCAUCUCUUCCAUUGCGUCGGUCCACCGCCGGAGAUAACCGAAGUUGAUCUUCUCCAGAUACUUUGAGGAAGAGUUUUUUGGUCUUUAAGGUUAAGGGAAAAAGUACCAGUUUGAGCAAGCAAGUGAAUAGAUGGCUCGCUUCAAGAAUAAAAAGAGAAAUUUUGUGAAGCCGGUGAUGAAUAAGCCACAGCAGGGAAGUGUUGAUCAUCUCACAGGUGAAAAGAUCCCAAAAAGCUUUGUCUUCUCGAGAGGGAAGUUGCCUGCUCCUCUCAAACAGUUGCAAAUGGAUUUGAGAAAGUUGAUGCUUCCGCACACUGCUCUUAAGCUUAAGGAAAAGAAGCGGAACAAUAUCAAAGACUUCUUAAAUGUUGCUGGGCCCAUGGGAGUCACUCAUUUCCUCAUAUUAUCCAAAACUGAUGCAGCACCAUACUUGAGGGUUGGCAGGAUACCCCAAGGCCCAACCCUUACAUUUAAGAUAAACGAGUACUCAUUGGCAGUUGAUGUUGCUCAAUCUCAAUUGCGCCCUAGAUGUCCCCCAGAUCUUUUCAAAAACCCACCCCUGAUAGUACUGUCUGGAUUUGGGACUGGAGAACAACAUCUGAAGCUAGCUACUAUAAUGUUUCAAAACAUUUUCCCAGCAAUUGAUGUUAAUACUGUUAGACUUUCAACCUGCCAGAGAAUUGUGUUACUUAAUUACAACAAGGAGACUAAACUGAUUGAUUUUAGGCACUACUCCAUUAGAUUGCAGCCAGUUGAUGUCUCACGUAGAAUCAGAAAGUUUGUCACAAAUCAUCAAGUACCUGAUCUAAGAAAUCUACAAGAUGUCAGCGACUUUGUUACCAGGGCUGGUUACGGAUCAGAGAGUGAAGGAGAUGAUGAAGCAGCUACUGUUAACCUAGCAGGUGACGUAGGGAGAAUAAAUCGUGCAUCAACAAAAAGUGCAGUCAAACUUCAAGAGAUCGGACCACGAAUGACACUUCAACUUGUCAAAAUUGAAGAAGGGUUGUGUUCUGGUCCAAUUAUCUUCAAUGAUUAUGUUAGCGAUGCCAAGAAAAAUAAGAAAGAAGCGGAACAAGAAGAUGAUGAUGAGGAAGAUGAGGACGAAGAUGACGAUGAAGAAUAGAAUAUGGGGGAUUAGACUAAUAUUAUCCAAGGGUGGCAUUGUAAUUUCAUACAAUGGCGAUAAACAUGGAAAUUUGCAUUUUUCUUUUGUCCAAGAAAAUGUUUUUUAUUUUAUGAAUUAAUGACUUAGUUGUUUGGGAAUAUUUUGAUUAACAUUUUUGUUCUCAUGGA